GCCAUAGUACUAGGCAAUGUUCUAUUCUGGCAUCCUUUUGAUGAGGAGAGGUACAACAAUGUCAUCAAGUGCUGUGCACUGCAGCCAGAUUUGUAUAUCUUGGAGGAUGGAGAUGAUACUGAGAUUGGCUCUAGGGAGGUCAGCUUGUUGGGUGGCCAAAAAGCUCGGUUGUUAAGAACCAUAUUGCUCAAGGGGGAGAGAGAUUGA